AUUUGCCCCAGGACCCCCCCCAGGCCCCCCCCUCCCGACUCCCUCCCGUCCCCCCCAACCCUCUUAGGGCCCCCCCGAAAUGCCCUGCAGGAUUUCCGGGCCAGUUUAAGAGUCUCGGGACCACCUUAAGGACCUCGGGACCGUUUUGGGGUCCUUUGCUCACAUUUUAGUGCCGCUUUCAAGGUUUUUUUCGCACAAUUUUGGGGCCAUUUCGGGUUAUUUUCGGUUCCUCUCCCGUUUCCGCGCUCGGGACGCGAUCGCGUCUCGCUUUGUGUCCCCCCCGGGCCGCCGUCAGCGGGGUCGCUCACGUGACCCGGCGCGCGGGCGGUCACGUGACCGGCCGGGCCGUGAUGGCGGCGGGUGGCGAGGCCGGGCCCGGCCGGGCCCUCGAGGCGCUGCUGGAAAUGGGAUUCGGGGCUCGCCGGGCGUGAGAGACCGACCGGGGGCACCGGGGGGGGGGAACGGGGUGGAACGGGGUGAAGCGCGGGGCAACGGGGGAGGCGGCCUGGGUACUCCCGGGGGGCGUCCCGGUGGCUCCGGUAACCGGGAGAGGGGUCUUGGGAUGGAACUCGGAACAUCGGGAAGGGACUAAGGGUAUCCUAGGAUGGGCUCCGGUAACGCGAGGAGAGGCUCCGGUAACCUGGAGAGGGGCCCUGGGGACCCCCGAGAGGGUCCCGGUGGCUCCGGUAACCGGGAGAGGGGUCGAGGGGGGGCUCCGGUAAACGGGAGAAGCGCGCCCGGGAUGGGACUCUGGAGGGUCCCGGGACACCGAGAAGAGGCUCCGGUAGCUCCGGUAGCUCCGGUAACCUCGGGAAGGGAGUCGGGAGGGGUCCCGGUGGCUCCGGUGACAGGGACAUGGACCCUGGGAUGAGAUGCGGUAACCGGGGGGAGCCGGGGGGGGUCCCGGUGUUAACGAGGGGUCCCCGCAGGGCGAAGGCGCUGGCGCUGACCGGGAACCGCGGGGUGGAACCGGCCAUGGACUGGCUGGUGGCCCACGAGGACGACCCCGACUCGGAUUCAGACCCUGAACUGCCCCCGGGUUUUGGGAUCCCCGGGGGGAUCCCCCCGAAUUUGGGGGGGCUCCGGCAGCCCCAGGAGGAGGACGAGACCCAGAAGCUCCUGUUGGCCGCGGGGCAGGAGCGGGAGCGGCGGCGCCGGGGGCAGGAGCUGUCGCGGCUGCGGGAGUGGCGCCGGGACGAGGAGCGGCGCCGGGCGGCCGAGGAACGACGCCGGGACCGCGCCGAGGAGAGGGCGGCCCGGCAGCGGGUGAAGGAGAAGAUCGAGCGGGACAAGGCUGAGAGAGCACAGAGGUUCGCCCCCUCCCCCGCUGAGCCCCCCCCACAGACCCCUCCCCCCGGGGCGGAGCCGCCGGCGCCGCGGGAAUACGACGAGUGCCGGAUCCAGGUCCGUCUCCCGGACGGGCGGGCGCUCACGCAGCGGUUCCGGGCGCGGGAGCCGCUGGCGGCCGUGCGGCUCUUCGUGGAGCUCAACCGGGGCACUGGGAGCACUGGGAGCACUGGGAGCACAGGAGAACCCCCCCAGAGCCCCCCGGAGCCCUUCAGCCUCCGCACGGCCUUUCCCAAGAGGCUCUUCACCGAGGAGGACAUGGAGAAACCCCUCCAGGAGCUGGGUCUGGUCCCCUCCGCCGUCGUCAUCGUGGCCAAGAAGGAGGGGAGCUGAGGAGGGGAAGGGGCCUGGGGACCCCCAAACCUUUCUGUGGGGACCCCCCAGGGACCCCCAGACCCAAAUAAACCUCAGCUGUGCCCCCCCCCAAAAUCCUGUCUCUGUGUCCCCCCCCAAACACACAAGGGGGGGGGGGGGGGCAAAGCAUCUUUAUUGGGGGGUCUCACCCCCUUGCUGCUCCCGGGGAGGGGGGUCCUGGGGGUUCUGGGGGAUCCUUGUAAUAUUGGAGGGGCUGGGGGACCCCAACCCCCCCUCCCAGAGACCCACAGACCCAAAUAAACCUCAGCUGUGCCCCCCUCCCAAAAACAGAAUUA